CUGAGAUAAGAGGGAGGAAGACAAUGUCCAGGUCUGUCUUUUCUGCUGGCCGAGCACAAUUUGUGGAUCAUCCAAGAGAGUGUGACUGCUGCUUCGUUCUCAUCAUGGCUGCAGUACAAACAGAAGUUUCCUUAUUCUCGCAGCCCUGGCAGAGGCCCCUGCACAUCUACGGGGGGCUCAUAUGUAACGCCCUGAUGGCCGACUCCUGGUCGGACAGAACUCCUCUCCAUGAAGCCGCCUACCAAGGCAGACUGCUACACCUGAGAAGCCUAAUUUCUCAGGGCUACCAUGUGGACACACUCACCAUGGACAGAGUCUCUCCUCUCCAUGAAGCUUGCCUUGGUGGCCAUUACGCUUGUGCCAAGUUCCUGCUGGACCAUGGAGCGAAUGCGGAGGCUGUUUCAACAGAUGGCGCCACACCUCUCUUCAACUCAUGCAGCAGUGGCAGUGCCGCCUGUGUCAGACUCAUCUUACAGCACCGGGCCUCGGUCAACACUCCAGACCUGCUGGCGUCACCCGUCCACCAAGCAGCAAAGAAAGGUCACAGAGAGUGUCUGGAGCUGCUGCUCUCAUAUGGAGCUCGCAUCGACAUGGAGCUGCCAGUAAUGGGGACUCCUCUGUAUUCUGCUUGCGUGGCUCAGGCUGCAUCCUGUGUAAGACUUCUGCUGCACUCAGGUGCUGAUGUUCAAAUCGGCUGUGGGCAAGACAGUCCUUUGCAUGCGGCCGUUCGAGCUGGAGGAGCUGACGUAGUGGAUCUUCUGAUGGACUUUGGGGCCGAUGCUUGUUGUAGGAAUGUAGAGGGAAAGACCCCUCAGGACCUGUCCCCUCCAAACAGUGCCGUCAGAACUGUACUACAGAAAAAAGGUCUGUGUGCUCUAUCUCGGCUCUGUCGGAUUUGUAUCAGAAGAAGUCUGGGAAGGAAUCGACUCCACAGAGCCUCCAGCCUCUUCCUGCCUCACACCAUAAAGGACUUCCUCCUCUACCGAUGAGCUGUCUUUUUACUUUUCAUUAUAAGUAUCGCCAUGUAAUGUAUACAAAUGAAUGUUUUUAGUUGUGAUAGUGGGAUGUUCCAAGAUAUGAUGCGUUCACAUUGGAGUGACACUGUUU